AUGGCAGGAAUUUCUCAGGACUGGGAGCCGGUGGUGAUCCGCAAGAAAGCACCCACGGCCGCCGCUAGGAAAGAUGAGAAAGCCGUCAACGCCGCCCGCCGCGCUGGGGCCGAGAUCGAAACAGUCAGGAAGUCUGCUGCGGGGACAAACAAAGCUGCUUCAAGCAGUACUUCUUUGAACACUAGGAAGCUUGAUGAAGACACUGAAAAUCUUACUCAUGAGAAGGUCCCAUCUGAGCUGAAGAAGGCAAUAAUGCAGGCCCGGAUGGAUAAGAAACUCACACAAGCUCAACUCGCUCAGUUGAUAAACGAGAAACCCCAGAUCAUACAGGAGUAUGAAUCUGGGAAAGCUAUCCCCAACCAGCAGAUCAUUUCCAAACUGGAGAGGGCUCUCGGUGUGAAACUACGUGGAAAGAAAUAA